AAGAACUGUUCACGGAACAGCCGGCCCGGGGAGUCAGUCACAUUCUUGGCAGGAAUUCAAUGACUGAACCAGACACAAACAAACAGAGAGAGAGAGAGAGAGAGGGAGGGAGGCUCGCACACUCUCAUAGUAAAGCGGAGGCAACUGCGCCGACGAGCUUUACACAAGACACACAUUUUGCGCGUGAGUUGCACCGGGUCUGUGAAACAGGCGGACUGGAAAUUACAUUUCGUUCAAAACUUUACACUUUAGGGAGGAUUUUCUCGUCGCUGGAAAUUCUGGUUCGAUUUAAGAUUUGAAAAUGAAACAGUUGAAUGGAUUACAAGGCGGUGUUUUACGCUUUCCGAACUGACAUGGACUGUUGCGACUCUUUCUGUUCACAUUCACCGAAUCUGUUGUGAUCAGAUUGCCCGGGUUUAAACAUGGAGGCUGCUUCCAGCUUUCAGCCGCAUCCAGGACUUCAGCAAACUCUCAAGCAGUUUCACUUGAGCUCCAUGAGCUCCCUCGGCGGACCGGCAGCCUUCUCGGCCCGGUGGCAGCAGGACAUGCUGUUCAAGAAGGACGGUAAGAGCGCCGAGGUGAUGGUGAACCUCCCCGCGCAGACACCCCCGGUCAUGCCGGGGCCCCUCUUCAUCCCGUCCGACCGCUCCACCGAGAGGUGCGAGACGGUCCUGGAGCGGGAGACCAUUUCGUGCUUUGUGGUGGGCGGCGAGAAGCGCCUCUGCCUGCCGCAGAUCCUCAACAGCGUCCUGCGAGAUUUUUCUCUCCAGCAGAUCAACUCGGUGUGCGACGACCUCCACAUCUACUGCUCCCGGUGCACGGCGGACCAGCUGGAGAUCCUUAAAGUUAUGGGCAUCCUGCCCUUCUCGGCCCCCUCAUGCGGACUCAUCACCCAGACGGACGCCGAGCGCCUCUGCAAUGCCCUCAUCUACGGCGGCACGUUCCCACCACACGUCGACAAAGAGUUGUCGUGCUCCAUCGAGCUGGAAAGAACGGAGAAGAGCUUUAAAGUUUAUCACGAAUGCUUCGGGAAGUGCAAGGGUCUGUUCGUGCCAGAGCUCUACACGAGCCCCAGCGCGGCGUGCAUACAGUGCUUGGACUGCAGGCUCAUGUAUCCGACGCACAAGUUUGUGGUGCACAGUCAUAAAAGGCUGGAGAACAGAACCUGUCACUGGGGCUUCGACUCGUCCAACUGGAGGGCUUAUAUUCUUUUGGAUCAAGACUAUAGUGACAAAGAGGAGAGCAGCACACUGCAACAGCUCCUCAAUGAGUUAAAAGGAAAAUUUGACCUGGGGAACAAGCACAAGACAUCUUACAAGGCAUACAGUCCCAUUCCCUCCAAAAAGUCCAAACAUGACCGCUCAAUGUCCCCAUCAAUGGAGAAAGCGAAGCAAGCUGAUUGGCUACAGUCUCUGGCUGCAUCUGCAAAUAAGGAUCUUAAGUUCAAGCAGAGACCUUCAGCCUUCAGGCCCUGGUCUCCCAGAGUUCCUCCUGCUGAGCGAGAGACCCCUAGCCACACAUAUGAGAGAUCGCUUGUUAAAGGACAAGACAGCCUGGUAGUCCCAAAUGUAUCUCUUGCCACACUUAAAAAUAAUGAGCAGCCACCGCAACGUUUCUCUCAGCCCACUGAGACCAACAACACAGGCAAGACCGAGAGCUCAAGGCCAAGAAAGAGGUGGUCCUCUGCAGAGAGACAAUCACUGCCCUCUGCAGCAGUCAGACAGCGUCCUCUGGAGAACGAGGACUCGGACGCAGAAAUCAAGUUUGACAACUGUAGCAAAGUUCCUGCCCCCCAUUCCUUGAUGUCCCCUCCCUUUACCUAUGGCAUUGGGGAGAUGAACCUCAACACUUACAGCACUGCAGAGGUGGAUGAUGAGAAGCUGAGACUCGGGACGGCCUCUUGCUCUGAGCUGGAAGUCCUCAAGCAGACACUCUGCAGUGACCUUAGCUCUAAGGAGGCUAGAGAGAAAUUCCUAAAGGAGAUCAUUCGCAUGAGAGUGAAGCAAGAGGAGAAGCUAGCCGCUGCACUCCAAGCCAAACGAAGCCUUCAGCAGGAGCUGGAGUUUGUCAGGGUGACUAAGAAGGGCAGGCUGAGGGAGGCCAUCGAAGCAAAGCGGAGCCUGAGGAAGGAGAUUGAGCGCCUCCGUGUGGAGAGUGAGAAGAAGGUGCGAGACGCCAACGAGUCGUGCGGCAGGCUGAAGAGGGAGCUGGACAGAGAGAGGAAGCUCCAUGUGUGCGAUAAGGGCUGUGAGGCAGGACGUCUGCGGGCCAAGUAUUCCCCACAGAUUGAAGAUCUGCAGACAAAGCUCCAGCAAGCAGAAGUGGACCGCGAGCAGUUAAGAGAGGACCUGCUGAAGGAGCGGGACGCCCGGAAGAACCUGGAGACGGUCGUCAAAGAGCUCCAGGAACAGCUGGGACACAAAGCAGAGAUGGAGGGACACGCCAUCACCAACACACAACCGACUGAGGGAGAGGAGAGAGAAAUGAGAGAGGAAGAUGUAUCUUAAACAUUUCGACUUCUGUGUUUGGUGUAUGGCUGCAGUUGAAGACUUUGAUUUGAGGACAAAAAAAAGUACUGGAGCACAGGAGAAUGGUAAUGAAAAACAAGCAUUUUACAGUGGAUGUUUACCAAAAUGGAAACAGUAACCAUAAAUCAUGAACUCAAGUAACUGGAAAGAAGUUGGGUCGCUCCUCGAGAGGAGGACGCUCAGAGACGGUGGCAUCGCAUGUAACUGACUCUCCUUCAGUUAGCUUCUUUAAGCUAAGCUAAGGAUAUUUUGUUAUAAGCUAUUUAAAAUUUUUGCAAAGAUACUUGAAUAAUAUUUGGGAAACGAACAUGUUUUCUAUUCACAAUACAUUGACAGUAGCAGGUGAACAACCUGCUAGUGCCGCUGAUACUCUGUUAACUAGAAACUGUUACAAGCCAGAGUUCUACAUAGUACACAAGUGUUGUCAUUACAAUAUUCUGCUCGCUUUUAUUUGACCUUUUUUUCACUGUUGUGUUGAAAUCAUUUGCAUGAGCGACAGUGCUAUGGUGCUGCAAGGCUUUAUUAUAAACCUACAUUCAAUUGAGCUUUUUAUCUUAGUAUUUUUAAUUACUAUGUACUUAAAACCCUAUAGUAUUGGCAACGAUCAAUAAGGGCUGAAUCCUACCCUCAGUCCUGAACUACAAUAUCAAGUAUUAUUCUUCACUAAUUACCAGUUUUUGCAGUCCAGAUGAACAUUACAGCACAGGACCUGAUAUAGAUCACUCCAUGCUUAUUGUUUGAUGGUGAAAUGAUUUUAUUAUUUCCCUCGGAAUCACAAUUAUGCUCUAGUGACAAACAUCCAUUUUUAGUCACUGGUUUUAGGGCUCAGUUAAGGUUAAAAAUGCUGUUGAUGAAAAUAACAUUUCUACUUAUAUAAAAAAAAAUAAGGAUAUAUAUUUUUUUACUUUCUACCAAAAAAUAAAUAAAUAAAUAAUUGCACUUUUUAAAAAGAUAGUUGUAUUGUGUAUUUGAAGCCCUCUGUGUUUUUUUUUUUAUACAUUUGUUACAGAUGUGAAUACCACUCAAACAUAAAAAAAUAAAUACAAUUAUGUAAAUAUGAUAGCUCGCUUUACACUUCACUAAAUGUUUUUGCUCCAAACCAAUAGACUGUAUGUAUGAAAUAAUGUAACACAAAAAUGAAUUUCUCCUAUCAUAUUUUCAUCUAGAGGGCAUUUACUGUAUAAAAUCUUUAUGGAAUAUUAACUAAAAAUCUUAGAUCAUUAUAUUUCUGAAUAAAUUUAAUCCCUUUGGAAAUCACUUUAUAUAAUUACCAAAGCAAAGUUUCACAUUCUGAAUUUGUGGUGGAUAGAUCAGAAAUGUGACUGAUAAACUGUAAAGAGGAUUUGUAAUGAUCUUUUAUCUCCAUUACCCCUGUCUUUAAUAAACCUGUAGUAAUACAUAUGCUAAAUUCUCCAUCGCUCUAUUUAUUCUGGGUACAUUUUUACUUCCCCUUCUAUGUAACGAGAUCCAUAUGCUUGCCUAUGUCAGUUUGAACCUUUCUAUGUUUUCAUGCGUCACACUAGAGAUAUGCAUUGUGUUCAGGAUCUUGUCAUAGUCUUGAUUUUUGAUGUGGGUCAUUUUCAUCACUUGUUUUAAUGUUCCCUCACGUAUAAUAACAUCAUUAAACAGAACCAACCAUU